UGCGAAGUGGGGAUCGCGGGGUGGUAACUUCAUCGGAGGCUGUUCGGCCCUACAAGUUCAAGGUUUGCAAUUUUGAAGAAUGAUAUUUUUGUGCCACUUUAAUCUCACAAUUCUUCCAAUUUCAAUAAAGUGCAAUGACAUUUAGUGCAGAUUACUUUAACCUCAAGAUAAUGGAUAUGAACACUAACUUGACCAAUGAUCAUCUGACUCAGUAUGCAAUCCAGCUGAGUUUACAAGAAGCCAGUAAUCAGUCAACUCAGUAUUAUGAAAGCAUUUUACCACCCAGCCAAGAAAACAGACAGAUCGUGAAAGCAAUCAGGCAAGGAGAUAUUCUUGAGCUACAGCGACUGAUUAAACAUAAGUUUGCCUUGGAUGAAGCAGACGAGAAGGGGUGGUUUCCAUUGCAUGAAGCUGCUGUUCAGCCCAUUCAACAAGUGCUUGAGAUUAUAUUAGAUGCAUCAUAUAAAACAAUCUGGCAACAAAAGACUGAAGAUGGGGAAACUCCACUUACUUUGGCUGCUGCAGCUGGCAUACUGGGGAAUGUGCAGGCUCUUUUGGAGAAGCGGAUUUGUCCCAAUAUUACUAACAACAAAGGAGAAACACCCCUAUUGAUUGCUGUGAGACAGAAUGCCUAUAAAAUGGUAUCGGUGUUGCUCCAGCAUGGGGCGCUUAUUAACCGGCCUUGUGUCAGGCGAUGGACAGCGAUGCACGAAGCAGCAAAGCAAGGAGAAGACGAUAUGGUAGCAUUGUUGCUAAGGAACGAUGGGAAUAUUAAUCAGAAAGAUGGGUACGGAGUAACUCCUGUUGCCACGGCUGCUGCCUUUGGACACUGCAGUGUUCUGGAGUAUCUCAUUCAUAAAGGAGGUGAUAUUCAUGCCCAAGCAGAUGACGGUGCUUCAGUGCUCCUUGAAGCAGCUGAAGGAGGGAACCCAGACUGUAUCACAGUGCUGCUUGAAUAUGGAGCCAGUCCCAACAUACCAGACAAUGCAGGUCACCUUCCAAUUCACAGAGCAGCACAAGAGGGACAUUACUUGGCCUUGAAGCUUCUUAUUCCAGUCACCCGGAAGUCAGCAAUUAAGAGAAGUGGGAUAAGUCCAAUCCAUUUGGCUGCUGACAGUGGCAGUACCCAAUGUCUGGAAUUACUGCUGGAAAGUGGAUUUGAUGUUAAUGCAGUUAUAAAUGAAGAGAUAGCUGCAACCUAUGAUGAUAAGCGGAGGACAGCCCUGUUUAUUGCUGUAUCUAAUAACGAUAUUGCCUGCUCUGAACUCCUGCUGAAAGAGGGUGCACUACAAAACCAAGAUCCACUCUCCUGCCUCCUUGUCGCAGUGAGAGAAGGGAAUCACGAACUUGUACAUUUACUUCUACAUCAUGGCGCCAAUGUCAACUGCUACUUUACCCUCAUUAACGAUACUCUCUUUCCUACUGCCAUGCAGUAUGCUGUAAAAGAUGAAAUGAUGCUGAGACUCCUGCUCAAUAAUGGCUACAAUGUAUCAAUGUGCUUUGACUGCAUACACACAGAAGGCCUUGGACGGUUUCGUCUCCAUCCUAUGAUUGAAUCAAACUCCUAUAUGACCUCAUUCUGCGAGUUCAUUACUGUUCCAUGGAUGAGCCAUUUGGUCGGCAGGGUUGUGCGUGUACUGAUAGAUUACGUGGAUUACAUUUCGUUCUGUAGGAAAUUAAUGCCUGUACUUGAGAAGCAGAAGGAAUGGCCUGAGAUCUGCCACAUAAUGGAAAACCCUCGUCAUUUGAAGCAUUUGUGCCGACUGAAAAUACGGAAACUUAUGGGGCAAAGGCGACUGCAAGAUCCUACAUGUUUAGCAUUGCUUCUUCUCCCUCCUAUGCUUGUGGAUUACCUCUUGUAUAAGGAAUAUGAUCUGUAUGGAAAAAGUCUUAAUGCACUGCAUUAGUAUGUGAACUGUAAUCAUCAUGUACCAUAAUUGUAGUUAUAGUAUCUUAUAAUUCAUAUUCUUAAAUUGGUCAUAAAACCGUUGAAUUACCACCUACAGGGAGCCACCAUUUUGCUGAAUUGUUCUGUGCAGUUAGUGUAACAAGUGACAAGUCUGUAGCAUUAAGCAUUGGUUGAACUAUUCUGAAAUUACAAUAUUUGCAAAUCACAAAAAUGUUAAAAAUGCAUAAUAACACACAAAAUGUUGGAUGAACUCAGCAGGUCAUCAGGCAGUAUUUGUGGAAAGCUAUGAACAGUCAUCGUUUUGGUCCAAAAUAUCAAUUGUUCAUUCCUUUCUAUAGAUGCUGCCUGACCUGCUGAGUUCCUCCGGCAUUUUGUGUGUGGGUACUCUGGAUUUCCAGCAGCUAUGGAAUACCUUGUGUUAGUUAAAAGUACAGAGCUUUUCAAACAUAAAACUAAACCAACCAGAAGCCUUUAUUUUGAAAUAAUCUCCUGUAGGUCCAACAUAAUAAGGGAUGGCUGUAUUUCACAGCUUAUACUUCAUGCUUUUUCAUAAACCCAACUUUGCCAUACACAAACUCUUCAAGAUCUUGUGCAUGUCUAUACAUUUCUAUACAGUUUUCAAAGGCAGCCAAUUGUGCAGCAGCUCAAGUACUUUUUAGCAUAUUUCUUCUCACCUUGUGUAAUGUAGUUUCCAUCUCUUCUCUGCGGAAAGCAGUAUUAUUCCUGCUGCAUAGCAGUUUGUACUCCUUUAAUACCAGCUCCAUUUAGAUCUUUGAUAGUGAGUGUUGACACUUUUAAACGGUCAUGAUCAAAAUCAAUGUGAUGAAUGUAACUAUGGUAAGUUUGCAUUCAUAUUAAGUGUUAACUUUGGAGUUAAUUCAGGUCCUCUGUAUCAGUACAAUGAGGCCCUAUACUGAGUAGCUGGUAAUGAUGAAUGAAUUGUUAAUAAAUUUCUCCAUGCUUGAAAGCCAUUUCUUAAGCUGACGCAGAACCAUAAUAUUAAACGUUUUCGGCUCCUCCAACAGUAAUUGAACCCUACCCACUGGAUGAAUGAGCUUAAGUAAGCAAGCCAAGUACUUCACUGAUGUGUACAUUUCAGUGCCAAUCUGAAACUAUAUAGUUAGGUAUAAUUAAUUUCCUCAUUCAGCAGGUCCUAUAAUAGCAGGUCAAUUAUAGUCCAAAACAAAUUACUCUUCACUUUGUCAUUUGCAUCAUGCUGACAGACUAGUAGUUUACAGGGAUUGCUGAUCACUUCUAUUCCGGACAUUCACCUUAUUUGAUGAAAUACUUCAAAAUAUAAACCUGUUCAUUAAACUAUACAGGCAUGCUUCUGGAUUCGAGUUGUUAUUGCUUAAAAUAAACUGGUUUAUUUUAUUAAAAUAAUUAGCAUUAAGUACACUGCAAUGUUUCCCCAUAAUUUUAGGUGAUUCACAUCAUUCUUUAUGCUGUACUCAAGAAGACUAGUGAGAAAAUCUGCUGAAAUUAAA